AUGGAGCAGCAGCAAUGGAACCAAGAAUCAGAACAUGAGACAGAGCGGUGGGCUUCCCACCCCACAAAGCAAAAAUCCCAAUAUAAGAACCCAACUCACCUUGCUCAGCAACAAGAUCCCUGGAGUCGACUCAGUUCAACUCCCACAAUCACUUCCAUGAAACGGGAUGCUGAUUUUUUUGAUUCCAAGAUACCAAAGGAUGACCUGGAUUUCCGCUUAACAGCCUUGUACAACCACCACACUGGGGCGUUCAAGAACAAAAGUGAGAUUCUGAUACACCAGGAUACCUCUAUGGAUACCCAUGGAAUGAAGAUCUCAGAAUUUCUACCACCUCCCCAGCUACCCACUGUCACAUCCUUUGCUAACAUCAGACACUGGAUCAACCCUAAAAAGGAGUCCAUCUACAGCAUCCAGGGGUCCAUAGUGUCCCCCCACACUGCAGCCACCAAUGGAGGCUAUUCCAGAAAGAACGAUGGAGGUUUCUUCUCCACCUAA